AUGGAUGAUCCUGUUGAGUUUCUGGAUCCUUUGCCAAAGGAUCUCGAGUGUCCUAUAUGUUUGCUUCAUCUUAAAGAACCACUUCUUACGUCAUGCGGCCAUCGAUAUUGCAAAUCUUGUGUUGACAAGAUAACAAGAAACAAGAAAUUCACCUGUCCUCUUGACAACAAGUUAUGUUCAAGGGCUAGAGAGACAUUUCCUGACCGGGACUUUGAACGCAAAGUAUCAUGUCUCAAAGUGAAAUGUGGUCGAUUUAGAGAAGGAUGUGAAUGGUUUGGACAACUCAACCAACUCAAGACUCACAUGUCAGCUGGAAGUUGUGAAUUAGAGUUAGUGCAAUGUCCAUAUGCUGAAGCAGGCUGCACUCACAAGUUGAAGAAAAAGGAAUUACGAGAACACAAACGAGCACACACCAAUGAACACAUGGAUCUUCUUCUUCAGAAAGUGUCUGAUUUGACGAUAGAGAACGAGCAUCUUAAACGUCAGUUGCAUGCCACUACAGGACAAGUUUGCACUUUUUUCUGGAGAAUCAAGAACUGGCCAGAUGUUCUACAAGAUGCAAAGAAUCAUAAAUGUGAAAUCAUCUACAGUGAAAGUUUCUACACAGGAUAUCCAGGAUACAAACUGUGUCUUAAGUUUAAGCCAAACAACACCAAAGUAGGCAGAGAAAAUCAUGCGUUUUAUGUUGGCGUUUUCUUGCAAGUGAUGAAGGGAGAAUAUGAUGAUCUAUUAGAAUGGCCAUUUCCACUAAAGUACGAACUGUUCAUAGUCGAUCAACAGCCAAAUUCAGCAGCUGCCAGCAUGACAAGAAUGUUUGACACAACUAAGUGGCAUACUGAUACUGUUGCUGUUAGAGAGGCACUAAGAAAGCCAACUGCUGAAUAUAACGACAAGGGUUUGGGUUGUCCACAGUUUACCACACAUCAUUCCCUUCAGACCAGAAAGUAUAUUCGCACUGAAGACAAAUCCCUUCUCAUCAAAGUUGAAGUUUGUACAACUUAGUUAGACUUCUUGCUAUAAUUAACGUGCUUACUAGCACAACGUCUAAUUCAAGCUGCUGCAUUUUGUUAUCUACACUGUAGUACAGUAUUAGAUAUUAUGCAUGUUCAUAUCAUAAUCAAACUAUCAAUUAUCUGUC